UGUAAAAGCUUGUAGCUGUUACAUAAUGGACUCAAAUUCGUUGUAUUAUUCUUUGGAGCUCGUUGCCGGUAGUGGACAUAUUUUAACCCUCGAGCAAAGAACCGCCCUGGAGUCUUCCUUAGUGCUCCUGAAGAAAAACUACAAGUUCAGUCGAGUGUUGUUUUGGGGUAAAAUAUUAGGAAUUAAUGGGGUUUAUUUUAUUGCUCAGGGGAGAGGAGAAGAUGAGAUGAAAGACAAAAAGAACCUGUAUAGCUUGAACUGCAUGGAUUGGUUCCUACUUCCCCCUGCCUCAGACUCUAUGAUAGAGGAAGUGUCCAAAGCUACAAAGGGUCGCUUCAUGGGAGACCCCUCAUUUGUGUAUGAACAUCAAGAGAUCCACAGGCAAGGAGAGGGAAAUGAGCCUGUAAAUGAGAAGGCAGUGAUAACAAUAACUGAGGAAAAAAGACUGGCAGUGGCCGUUCAUCAGAUCGAUGCAGAAGUGUCUGUGGUGCCUCGUGGUGCCUUCAUCAAGAGUCCACGUGGUCUUGUCCAGCUUAACCGCAGCUUUGGGGGUCUCUCUGAGGCAGACGCAAGAAAGCUUGACAAUUUCCUUCACUUCAGACAAUCAAAAAAUAUGAAGAAGAAAUCUGUCCUGGACAUGGGAGAUUGGAACCCAGCAAUGGACUAUCUGGAUGCACUCAGUGAUGACGUUCCUAAAGGAUCUUGGAGUCUUCAGUUUGAGUUCGCAAGAAAAGUGUGCGUGCUUCGCAGUCUGCUGUGGCUCGGCCUGACCUUCUACCACGUGCCAAUGACACCACAGCAUGGAUACAUCUAUAUAGGUGACGGGACCAAGAAUUUGGACCUUCCUUUCAUGCUAUAAAAGCUUUUUUUCAAGCUGCAUACUCUCAGUAAUUCACAAAACCAAAAUCUGCUAAGAUCUUGUCAUAUUAUAAACAAAUAAAACUAGGUUGGUACAGUCAGUUUAGUGUCUACAGACUUUUUGUUGUAUUUACUUCCAAUUCACAAAAGCCGUGCCUACACAGUAAACACAUGUUGAGAGGCAGAGUAAACACACAUAUUUUAUUUGCACAUCUGUGUUGCAUUGAGUAUACACAGUCACCAUACCACCUACUUUGAAACUGUAACACUGAUCAGGUUGUUGCUUGCAUUAAGUUGUCAGCAGGUUUCCUUCAAGAGUCUUUUUUUUUUUUUUUUUUGAAAA